UUUGUUGGUCCGAAUGUCCAUCAACGCUUCUUGUUCCUGUUCUAGAACCGAGGGUCCUACGUGUGGUGCUCGGAACCAAUGUCGCCAGCAUCUACGAUCCAUCGUCGCAACUUGGACGAUACGGUGCUGACAUGUGUGCUAAUGACCACUUGCGGAUCAGGCAGUUGAACAAUUUCCAUCAAGUUUGGUACUAGUGUGCUCUCUGGUCAGCCCGGAGUCUUUAUCCAGAGGUUUUGAUUGCGUUUGCGCCUUGCCCAGCGAUGAUUCCAAGUGGCGCUUCGAGCAAAAUGGUGCUUCCCACUACGUCUGUGAUCGAGCUUGAUGCUCUGUCCUGUAUUUAUUUGCCUCGAGGGUUAAAACUACUAAUUUCCAGUGCUAUCCACUCAAAACCUGUCCUCCAAAGUUUUCUUCAACAGACAAUGUCAAGUGAACAGCACAAGGCGGAAAGACGCAGUUCGAUUACUGACAAGGCUAAGCAACGGGCAUCUAGAGCCUGUGAUCGGUGUAGGCUGAAAAAGGCGAAGUGCGAUGGCGCCGUUGAGUGUGAAAAUUGUCGCUUCAGCCAGACACCAUGUGUAUACACUGCCCGAAAGGGACGAGAAGCAAGAAGAUAUUAUCUGGAAAUGCACGAGGUCAUGGAAGAAGCCCUUCAUCGCCUAUACUGGCACUGUCGGAAUGGAUCAGGACUUCCUGGACCCAACCCUGCCCAGUUCGAGCGUAAUGGCUCAAUAACCACCAGUUCCAUUCUCGAAAGCAUGGGGUUGACUCCGCCUAUACUGGAUGAAUCAAACCCACAAUAUCCAAAUGGGCCGGCUACGCGAUUGCCUGAACGCCGAUCCUUCGCCCCGGCAGCGAGCACUCAGAGUCCCAAAUCGAAUGACAGAUCUCCAGGGACGAUGAGCAUCGAUGGACAUCCUCCGUCAACACUGCCACCUGAAUCUCCCUGGCAAUUCCCGUACAGCAUGCCGGGGCAGAACCACGGCUAUAUCACCAGCGCGAUGCCUAUGCGUGUUUCAGCGGCUCCAACCGGCAUGGUUUAUUCGCCGGAUCAGAUGCAGCCUCAGACAUCAGCCGCAUCCUUGCCGGUCUCUCAUCUGGGGCCUGAGGCCUCGGUGCUGCCGUGUGACGGAGUUCCAUAUGUGAGCCAUUCCGAGCCGCUGCCCCACGCCAACCCCUUCGUUGGCGUUGACCACAACUGGCCGGGACCUGGCCCUCCUUUCGGUCGCCAUUCUUACAGUGGAAUCUGAUUCAAUAUUCUUGGAGCGUUGGGCGUUGGAGGUGCAGCGAUGUUGCUGGAGCUCUUGGAGUAUCAGGUACCGCGAACUUUCGUGUCAUGAGCGUUACUUUUUGCCAAGUUCGAAAUGGGUGAAACUACCAAGUGAAGACAAACGCAUGGUUAUACGGAUAAACAGCGCAGUCUUCGGUGUUAAGGGCCUGAAAAGCCUGAAAUGAUACGUUCUCGCAUGUAAUCAUGUGUGGCAUUCACAUUGUGCCUUUGUAUAUCUUCCUCUGGAGUCCAGUGUUCGACGUGCGCAUGGCUCUUAAUCGUUAUCACAUCGUCGGUUGCUCGAGUUGGCUCUAAAGGAGCCGUAUUUGCGAGGAGACCACGAUAAAUGAUGUAGCC